AUGGCGCUGAGAAAACUAUUGGACACGCAGCCAGCCACCCCAUACUCCAAGCUACCACCCCUGCAUGUGGUCUUCUUAAAAAUUGAAGACACCCCAAGAGUGGUGUCCUGGUCGUUUGAGGAGUCAUCUGCAAGCCCAGUCUGUGUGAAGCAAAAUAAAACGGCAAUAAUUAGUGAUGGGCAAUCCAUCACGAAGAUAGUUAUUUUUGAAUCUUUGGCCGACAAAGUGGUAGAGGGGGAGGCAUAUUUUAUGCGUGGCCACACCCUGAUGGGAAAGUCCCCACCUUACACUAUUAAUGUUGGGAGCGGGACAAAAUUUUUUAGAGGCAGCAAAAUCACUUACCCUGCCGAACUUCAAACAAGAGCAGAGGCCCUGCUGCACCCAGCCUCGCCACUGGUCCCACUCCAUCAAUGCCGGGAGCAGCAGGGCCUGAUGUCGGUGGAGGGCGUGGUUAUUGAGGUUAGUAUUGGCUUUUGUGGUAGAACCAUGGAUCUGGGAAUCUUGUAAAUAAAAUAAAAAACAUCAGAAAUAAGAAAAAAAAUACAUUCUCAAAUAUAUACAUUGCUAAAUACAGAUUUUCUUCUUGUUUAGCUGUCUGCUGUGAGAAAGGUGGAGUCACCAAAAGAGGCUGUGCCGCUCAGAAAGCUCGUCUUGCAGCAGGUAACUGCAGCUGCUGAAAAUUGAUGGUACCCUUCUGUUUAAGAAAGAAAAAGCCAUAUAAGUCACUCAAAGAUCCUGAAAAUGACAAAAGCAAUAAUAAAUACAAAAAUGUCUGUGUAUGAAUAUACACUAGCUCAAAAAACUGAGUACAUCCCUCAUUUUGCUGCAAAUAUUGAAGUUUAUCCUUUCAUGGGAUAGCAAUAAAGAAAUGACACUUUGAUACCAUGUACAGUUGUCAGUGUAUGGCUUGUGUAACAGUGUAAAUUUACUGUCCCCUCAAAUAACUAAACACACAGCCACUAAUGUGUACACCCCUGGCAACAAAAGUAAGUACACUACAAAGUGAAAAUGUCCACAGAUGUUACUCAGUCAGCUUGAUAUCAAAUUUUCCCUUGGGGAUCAAUCAAGUUCUUCUUAUCUUACCUUAUCUUUCUCUUCUCAUACAUUAUUGCUUAGUUUAGCACCAUGCAUCUGCUCAGCCCCUCUGAUUUAAAUGAGACGAAAGCCUGUGCUAUUUUUGAGUUUCACAUGUAUUGUGACUCCAGACAAUAAGGUGUUCCCUUACGUUUUACAGGAUCAAUCUUCGAUUAAAGUCUCCCUGUGGAGGGAGAUGGCGCUGGAGCCCCUCAUUGUUGGUGAGGCUGUCCGUGUGACUCAUGUGAAGUCCCAGCGCACAGAGUACGGGCUCCUGGUGAACUCCACCAAUUGGACAAAAAUUGAGGUAAUUUGUUAUUGUCAUUGUUUUAAGGUGAACACACUUUUUGAAAAACUUAACUUCCAUUUUUUCUCCUACAGCUGGUAACUUACACAAUCACAAUAAAGUAACUGUGUUCAAUAACUAUUAAAUUAAUCAUCAAAUGAUAUUAAGAUUUACACAAACAGACAAAUUUGUUCGCACCCUUAUGUUAAAGACAGAAAAGCCCACAUACAGCACAAAAAAGCAUUUGCCCCUUUCUAAUUUCUUUUAUUUUUGCAUAUUUAAGUCAAAGAUAACUAGAGUAAAUAUAAAAUGCAGUUUACAAAUGAGUUUAUUUAAGAGGCAAAGAAAGUUGUCCAUACCUACCUGACCCUAUGUGAAAAAGUAAUUGCCCCCUCUUGUCAAAUCACAAAUUAAAUGUGAUACCCCCCCACCAACCCCUUUUUUUUUCCUUAAAAAAAUGGAGUUAAAUGUCAUUAUUAAUAUCCAGACCUGAUUACUGCUGUAACAGAACCUGUCUGAACUGGAGGCGUGUAAAAGAUGUCAAAAAGAAACAUAACAUGUUACUGCCUAAAGAAAAAAAUUCAAGAGCAAAUGAAAAAAAAACAUCUAUCAGUCUGGAAAGGGUUAAGGAGGGUUAAAACUGCAUUUUUGUCAUCUUUGACUACCAAUAAAACAAUGCUGAUGAUCAGACACAACUGAUUGUUGCAGAAAAAAAAAGCCUAAUACAAAUCAUCUCAUUCCUUACCAGUGUUUGCUUAAUUUGUCCACAGAAGCAGCAGACCAGCCAGGACAUAAUAAUAGUCGGUGUCCUCGAUGAGGGAGGGGCCACAUUCGGCAGCAGCUCUCCUGGCGACAUCUUGGAGGUUCUGCUCCAAGGUGGAGAGACCCUCCAGAUUUUGAGGUCUUCCUGGGGGCCCUCAUUUGAUGAGGCCAUCAGUGAGGGCCCACUUCAUGUGAAAGCCUCUGUUGAGGGGAAACUCAUCACCAAUUUCACCAUGAAAAAAUAA